CAGUGUGUGAAAACAUUGUGAAGACUUAAAUAUUUAACCUCUAUCAUUGACAGCAAAGAGUAUAACAAAGUAUUGAGGUGGGCUUUUGUUCUUGACCAAAUACUUCUUUUCCACCAUAAUUUGCAAAUACAUCAUUUUAAAACCAGACAACAUGAUUUUUCUUCUUUUUUUCCUCAUUUUGUCUCUCAUAGUUGAGGUAUAUGAUGAAAAUCACAGGCCUCACAUCUUUUUAAGUGGGAGAACUUCAAAAAUAUACUGACUAAAUAUGUUUUUGCCCUGUAUGUAAAUGCUAUAGAAUACACACUGGAACUUAAAAUAAUUUCGCAACAAUACUGACUGACAAAGAAUUGCAUAAGCACAUACAUUCAAAGGUUUUUGUACAAGUAAAACUAUUAGAAGUGUUCGAGGAAAAACAAAAGUAGGCUUAAAAUGAGAAUUCAUCCUUCAAAUAAACGUUUUUUCUUUUGUUUGUUUAUUUGAUUUUCAGAACAAAAUGUAAAAUAUGCAGUUUACUUUUUUAAAUGUGCACAACCGUCAAUUUGUUUGCUUUAUAAGCUUUUCGUGUUUAUUUGUACUUGUUGCACUUUUGUGGACAUUCUUUAAUCCAACGAGGCCCAAAUCAGAAGGGGUUUUCUUGUUAAUCAGAAGGUUCUCAUGAGUUGGAGUUGACUUCAGGUAGUGUUGCUGCACAGAGACUCCAGCGUCAGUCUCCCUUGGGAUUCAGAUCUGUGCGCGUCUUUCUGCUGGUGUAAUAAAUGAUUUAUAUUAAUUUUGUCUGGAAAGAGGAUGAAAGUAUGUUAUGAGACUGCUACGCCUUCCAGGGGCUGACUGAUGGAGAGCUUUACCAACGAAGACCACUUAGACCCGGACCGGCAGAAGGCGGUGACAGCCACAGAGGACAGCGCCGGGUCGGAUGGAGAUCUCAGCCUCCGCGCGCUGACCGGCUGCGUCCUGUGUGUCCUGAUCGUCUCCACCCUGUUGGGUAACACGCUGGUUUGCGUCGCCGUCAUUAAAUUCCGCCACCUGCGCACCAAAGUCACCAACUCGUUUGUUGUGUCCCUGGCGGUGUCGGACCUGUUCGUGGCGGUGCUGGUGAUGCCGUGGAGGGCGGUUUCUGAGGUGGCCGGCAUCUGGCUCUUCGGCCGUUUCUGCGACACUUGGGUCGCCUUUGACAUCAUGUGCUCCACCGCGUCCAUCCUCAACCUGUGCAUCAUCAGCAUGGACCGCUACUGGGCCAUCUCCAGUCCGUUUAGGUACGAGCAAAAGAUGACGCGCAGGUUCGCCUUCCUGAUGAUAGGGGUCGCCUGGACGCUGUCCAUCCUCAUCUCCUUCAUCCCGGUGCAGCUCAACUGGCACCGCGCAGGCAACGCCACGGACAGCCCGGACGGCUGCAACGCCAGUCUGAACCGGACUUACGCCAUCUCAUCCUCCCUCAUAAGCUUCUACAUACCCGUGGUGAUCAUGGUGGGCACAUACACUCGCAUUUUCCGCAUCGCGCAGACCCAAAUUAGACGGAUCUCGUCUUUGGAGAGGGCUGCGGGGCCCCGUGCGCAAAACCAUCGCCACCGCGUCUCGACGCACGACGAAAGCUCGUUGAAAACGUCAUUUAAAAGAGAAACUAAAGUUUUAAAGACUCUGUCCAUCAUCAUGGGAGUCUUUGUGUUCUGCUGGCUGCCUUUCUUUGUUCUGAACUGUGUAGUUCCGUUCUGUGACCCGGACAGGCUUGGAGAACCGCCGUGUGUCAGCGAGAGCACGUUCAGCAUCUUCGUGUGGUUUGGCUGGGCCAACUCGUCCCUGAACCCCGUGAUUUAUGCCUUCAACGCAGACUUUAGAAAGGCCUUCUCCACUAUCCUGGGCUGCAACAAGUACUGCUCCACCUCCACUGUGGAGACGGUGGACUUCAGCAACGAGCUGGUGUCUUAUCAUCACGACACCACCAUGCAGAAGGAGGCCAUGGUCGGUCCUGGCGCGCAGAGACUCAUCCCACCGCCCACCGGGGGAGACCUGGAGCAGAACUUUGAUGAGGUUUCACCCAUUUCUUUCUAUUCUCGAAACCACCGGAACCUGCUGCUGCCCGCCAUCCUACAGUUGGAGUGUGAGCCAGAAAUUUCUUUAGACAUGAUGCCCUUCAACUCCUCUGAGCCCACCGACGGAUACGUUAUCCCGGGGCAGAUCUUGGACCUGUAGGGGGCUGGAUGCUCACAUGUGAGCCCCCAGCUGGGUCUCUCCGAGCUGAUGGACA